GUCCCUCUCUCUCUCUCUCUCUCUCUCUCGCCCCCCCUCCGAGUGCGUGUCUAAGAAAUAGUUAGCAUGACUAUUGUGGAAGUAAUGCCGGAGCCAAGCCACCAAGGGAUCCCUGUUCGGGGAUGGGAAACUGGCGUUCCCCAGUACAAAAGGCUGGAAGGAAAGGUGGCCAUCGUGACGGGCGGCGCCCGCGGCAUCGGCGAAGCCACCGUCCGCCUCUUCGUCCGCCACGGCGCCAAGGUCGUCAUCGCUGACAUCGAGGACUACCUCGGCGAGUCCCUCGCCGCCUCGCUAGCACCCGUGGCCACCUUCGUCCACUGCGACGUCGGCUUCGAGCCCGACGUCGAGCGGCUCGUGGACCGCACCCUGGCGCGCCACGGCCGGCUGGACGUGCUCGUCAACAACGCGGGCGUGCUCGGUCAGCAGGCCCACGCGGCCAAGAGCAUCCUGUCCCUCGACGCCGACGAGCUCGACCGGGUGAUGCGCGUCAACGUGAGGGGCGCGGCGCUGGGGAUGAAGCACGCGGCGCGGGCGAUGGUGGCGGUGCGCCGGGCGGGGAGCAUCGUGUCGGUGGCGAGCGUGGCCGGGGUGAUGGGGGGGAUGGGCCCGCACGCGUACACGGCGUCCAAGCACGCGCUGGUGGGGCUCACCAGGAACGCGGCAUGCGAGCUGGGCGCGCACGGGAUCCGGGUCAACUGCGUCUCGCCGUUCGGGGUGGCCACCCACAUGCUGGUGAACGCAUGGAGGGACGACGGCGAAGGGGUGGAUCUCGGGAUUCCGAGUGCGGCGGAGGUGGAGAAGAUGGAGGAGUUUGUAAGGGGGCUGGCGAAUCUCAAAGGGCCGACGCUGACGGCGCGGGACGUCGCCGAGGCGGCUCUGUACCUGGCGAGCGACGACGCCAAGUACGUCAGCGGGCACAACCUUGUGGUGGACGGAGGUGUCACCACCUCGAGGAAUCUUAUUGGAUUGUAGUUACGAGGACUAGUGUUCUUUGAUGCAAACAAUUAAUUUUUGAUGCAGCAAUUGAUUUGUUUCCAUGUCACCCGAAGGAGAAACUCUAAUUACAGCUUCUUUUAUAAUCUUCUUUCACUAGAUUGCGAUCUUUUA